CAUUACAGUUGAUGAAGCAGCAAUGGGAGGGGUUUACGCCUUCUCCAGGAACUAACAUUCUAGACUUUGUAAGCAACCUACAAAACACCCUCCGACACUCUUUAGCCCUUGCUAAAGAAAACCUAAAGGAUGCUCAGGAAGAGCAAAAGGCCUGGUAUGAUAGACGUACCAGAGAGCGUUCCUUCAAAGUAGGAGACCAGGUUAUGGUCUUGAAGGUGCAACAGGCCCAUAAGAUGGAAGCAUCAUGGGAAGGGCCAUUCACGGUCCAAGAGCGCCUGGGAGCUGUUAACUAUCUCAUAACAUUUCCCACCUCAACCCUAAAGCCUAAAGUGUACCAUGUUAAUUCUCUCAAGCCCUUUUAUUCCAGAGACUUAAAGGUUUGUCAGUUUACUGCCCAGGGAGAAGAUGACACUGAGUGGCCUGAAGGUGUCUACUACGAAGGAAAAAGUGACGGUGGCGUGGAAGAGGUGACCCUCUCCACAAGCUUGGAAUGUCUGCAGCGACAACAGAUCAAGAAGCUGUGCACUAGCUUCGCCCCAUUGUUCUCAGCCACCCCAGGACGGACUGAACGGGCAUACCACUCCAUUGACACAGGGUUAAGAAGCUCAGUGAACCUGGCUGAUACCUGACCAGAGGACCAAUAGAGGAACAAGAUACUUUAAAAUCUUGGUGGAGGGAAGUCUUUGUUUGUGCUUUUUGUUUGGUUCGUUGUUUGCUCUCGGGGACUGAGAGGGGAUGGGACAUCAUUUCAGGUUCUCCAAAUCUUUCUGAAUCAGUCUUUCAUGUUUCCUAAUAGUAAGUAAUAGCAGGCAAGGCAGAUUAGUCUUAUGUUUGUUUUCUCAACUGGUAAAUGUGUCUUUUUGCUGGUAGGAUUUUUACCUCUGUUUGCUGUAACUUUGAAUCUCAGGCUGGGCGGGGAAGUCCCUCUAGUCUAUAUGAAUCUGAGUACCCUGUAAAGCAUUUUCCAUCCUGAUUUUACAGAGAUAAUUUUUACCUUUUCUUUCUUUAAUUAAAAGCUUUCUUUUUAAGAACCUGAUUGAUUUUUCCUUGUUUUAGAAUCCAAGGGAUUGAGUCUAAAUGCAGCAGG